GAGAAGGAUAACAGAUCAUACAGUUUUUAAAAAAAAUUCUCAUCUCCUUGAACGUAAUUAAUUUAAUUGUCCUCAUUAGCUGUUCCAUUUGUUUUGAUUUUAUUUCCUUUCUCUUGCUUUUUCCAUCCCGUCCCUGCUUCUGUGUAUUGGUUAACAAAAACAGUGCUAUUUCAAAGCAGUGGUGAACGGGUGAGAGGGUUUUUUUAAUGUGAAAACCGGGAAAAGACAACUCGGCUCUGCUACACUUUUGUAAAACGGUUAAAUCAAUAGGAAAGGUCUCAUUAAUCCGCAGUCUCUGGUUCUGGACGCACUCAAGAGGUAUACAAAUGCUCUCAGCCCAGCCAGACACCAAGCCGAAGGGUUGUGCUGGCUGCAACCGGAAGAUUAAAGACCGCUAUCUCCUCAAGGCGUUGGAUAAGUACUGGCAUGAAGACUGCCUAAAAUGUGCCUGUUGUGAUUGUCGCCUGGGCGAGGUGGGCUCAACGCUCUACACUAAGGCCAACCUCAUCCUUUGCCGCAGAGACUACCUGAGGUUGUUUGGUGUGACAGGGAAUUGUGCCGCAUGCAGUAAGCUGAUUCCUGCCUUUGAGAUGGUCAUGAGAGCCAAGGACAAUGUUUAUCACCUGGACUGCUUUGCUUGUCAGCUCUGCAAUCAGAGGUUUUGUGUUGGAGAUAAAUUUUUCCUCAAGAACAAUAUGAUUCUGUGCCAGACAGACUAUGAGGAAGGUUUGAUGAAAGAAGGCUACACAUCCCAGGUUCGCUGACCUCAACGGGCACUUCGAUCAAACUAGUUAUAAGCACUAACUUCUGUAUCAUUUACUUAACAUGUAAAUAUGAAUUGAAACAGGAACUAAUAGAAUAGACACACAGUAUCCAGAGCUGGUGGCCAUGUUUGGAAUAAAGGGUGGAAGAAAACAGUAUAUAGUCAUUUUGUUCCUGUUCUAAGUUGAAUGUCUUAGACCUACUGUAUAUAUUGAGCUUUUGUCAUGAGGGAGACCAAACCCUUUUAUUCUUUGCUGCUUACAGUUUAUAAUUUUUUUUCAUUUGGCAUGAGAUGUUUAUUUUGGAUGACUCUUGUACAUACUAUAUUGUAAUAUUUGAAGCACAAAUGUAAUACAGUUUUAUUGUGUUAACAUUUGUGUUUAUUUCUUUGUUUCCUGGUACUGUUGCAUUUAGUACAAUCAGUGUUCAGAUUUAUUGUAUAAUUAAUUAUGCUUUCUGUAUUCUAUUAACUAUUUUAACUGAGCUGUCACUUUCUAUUAAAAUAAUCAAAACCGCAAUUCUAUGCACUUUAAUUUGUCUGCCAAUACAAUGUGUUUAAGAUUUUGAGACCUAGGAGUAGCCAAAUAUUUAACCUCCUUGCACCUAGGUUGGCAAUACAAAAUAACAGUAAC